ACAAUUUACGAUGAGGACGAAGUGCUUUUGGCAUUGGCCGAGCAGCUGGGUAAUUUUACACCACUGGUCGGUGGCCCGGACUAUGUGCAAUGCUUGCUCCCACCACUGGAGAAUCUUGCUACAGUCGAAGAAACGGUCGUGCGUGAUAAGGCGGAGAUUGGUUCACCUCGAGAACCUCAUCGUGCGGUCUCUUCAGUGUUGCCUAUCCGCGGUUUGUUCCGAGCGCUUUGUCGUGACGAUACACCAAUGGUUCGACGAGCAGCUGCAGCAAAAUUAGGCGAAUUUGCGAAAGUUUUUGAAGCGGAUUUCCUCAAAGACGAACUUCUCCAAAUUUUGUUCCGAGCACUUUGUCGUGACGAUACACCAAUGGUUCGACGAGCAGCGGCAGCAAAAUUAGGCGAAUUUGCGAAAGUUUUUGAAGCGGAUUUUCUCAAAGACGAACUUCUGCAAAUGUUUGUGGACUUGGCAUCCGAUGAACAGGUUAAAAAAGCUUCGCGAAUGAAUUGUUAUGAAACAGUAAAAAUUUGCGAAAUAUGCGGUUAG